CGGGGCACUUCACCCAAAAUCCACCAAAGAUCGCUGCCUGACGCCCAUUGGCCGGGGGUCCCCCAGCAACAGUCAAGCAGACUCACGCGCAAACAUGCUCCAACGUCACUCUCGCUCUCUCCUGCAACCUGACUUGAUUUUUGCUACUCUUCAUUUGGCUGCGAUCUUCCCUACCAUGACGUGGGCCGUUCUUUGCUUCUGAGCGCUCGAUACCCUGCACUGCAUACACAGCCCAACAUGGAGGUGCUACUAGCAAAGGUCACCCAGCAGGCUAUGAGCUAUGCCAUCCGCAGUGGCAUUGCAAUCACAAGCACAUACGCCAUCAAACAAUGCGGUCGAUUAAUGAAAACGGUCGAUGGCCAAGAAAAGCAAGAGCUCGCCGCGUUGCAGUUGCGGCUCGACUCGAAGAUCCAGAUUAUUUCACCAGCGAUUGACAUGAUUGAGCUUAUCUCAGCACGGGGAAACACUACACUAGAAUCCGCAGUCACGUUAACCAAGUCUCUGAGAUGGGACAUCCAAUCUCUCGGCAGUCGUGUAGAGAAGGCUGUGGUUGAAGAGCAGCUUUCUAGGAGAGGCAGCUCAAGAGCAAAGUCGCGAGCUCAGAACGACUUCGAGUUGAAGAUGAUCAUUGCAGACAUGAAGCAGCUCCUCAACCGAAUCGAAGAUGCGGUGCCGCUGAUCAAUCUUGCCAUCACAACGUCAGGCGUGAGCUUGUCGACUAAUCUGCCUCCGACCGUCUCUCCAUCACGACUGCUGCAAGCCAGCACUUUCCUGACCGCUGGAGACUCGCACUACUGCAUGUCGAAGCCCAGGGCUCAGCAAAUUGGCCCAACCUUCACACUCUCCAUGUACAUGUUGUUCUCCGGCUAUGCGGUCCCUACUCACGAGGAUCUGCUUCGCCAACGCGACACGACAUGGAAAGAAGUCAUGCACAAAGCGCGAGUGACAAUGUUGAGGGUUCCGCUGAACAACGUCUACGAUUACCCGGUUCCAUUUGGUACCAGAGUCAGCAAGGGUGAUGAAGGCAAUCACCGCCACAUCCCAUCAGAAAGUGCGUUGCACGAGUACGCAUACCAGCUGUUGAUAGUCGAAGACUUGGACGACGGCCGCCUGCACACCUUUGAAGAUGACGAACCUCAGCCUGGACCAUACGACGGUAUUGCACAGGCUGGUGUUCGAGAGAUCAUACCCAUCCACGAGAUAUCGAAGAUCUUCUAUGCCGACACAGGCAAGAUUCUCAACAUUGGCGGCGACGGCGAGUCAAACAACCCAAUACUGUUGCUGAAACGAGACAUCGACGCGCCACCUCCACGCCGAAUGAUGGAGUCAGAGCCCACCGACGCAGGAUUUGAGUCCGACGACUCGCACACAGUAGGCGAAGACGACGAGGACCAGUCCGAGUUAGACGCCCAAUUUCGCCGCGAGUCAACCGCCGAUCUCGCAGCGAAAGAGGAGGAGCAAGCAGAGACUCCAAUAUACCCGUGGCGUCUCCCACCGACCCUAGACCUAGAGUGGAUGGCGUUCGAAGUCUACCAAGAGGAGCCAGAUUCAGACUCCGACCUCGAUGAUACCGAAGACACCGCCCUCGCCACUCCAUCCGCAGACUCCAGCCUCAUCUCAAGCCUCUCCAGCCUCAGCAUCGCCCCCCCAACACCACCUCCUCAAUCCCGCCAACUCAUCCCUUCACCAGAGAAAUCAACUAUACCGACUCAAUCAACCCACCAACCAACACCCCCCUCCACUCUUCCCCCAAUCAAAACCUCCCUCUCCAUGCUCGAAAUGCUGAUCCGCCUCACGGCCCUCCAGCAAUUCCAGCAAUCCUCCCACCUCGCCAUCCCCGACGAAUUCCUGACCUUCUUCCUCUCGGAGAGCAGCACCGUGGGCGCCGGCGGUGACGCCGAUGUACGCCGCCGCGUGCGCCGCGAUGCGCGCGAGCGCGUCGGGUUCGAUCCGUAUGAUGAGAGUCCCGUCAAGCGGAGGGGCGAGGCGUAUCAGGCGCAGGCGCGGCAUGCGGCGCGCGAGGGCUGGAGUGAGGAAGGUGAGGGGAGUGCGUCGGCGUAUGAGUAUGAUUACGUUGGGUAUCCGACGGGGAGCUCGCCGGCGUCGAGGGGUGCGGGGUCGCCGGUGAGCAGGGCGGGUGCGUCGGAGUCUGCGAGGUCGGAGUCGAGGACGGAGUCGGCGCGUAGCAGGUCCGUGGUCGAUGUGUCGUCGUUGAGCAGGAUGGGUGAGGCGCUGAGCAGUCCCAGUCCGUUGCUUAGAAGGGCGACGACGCAGACGCAGAUCCAGACUGGAGCGCGGUUGAGACAGCCCAGGUUUGCGCCGCCGCGGACGCCGCCUGGUAAUUAGGCGGGGAUACGUGGAGAGGGACAGUAGAUGUGGUGAUGGGAAUAGAGGAAGAGGGGUGGAGGGACAGAUCAGCAUUUCGGGUGGGAAUCCGUUUUCACAUCGGCAUUAGCGCAGCAUAGCAUGGCAUACACAGCGAGCGAGCAAGCAAACAGCACACC